CACACAUGCAGCAGUAGCUCGGUGUACAGCGGAGAAGUUAUUGAGCUGCUGUUGGUCGGUGCGGAUUUUUUUUUGUUUGCUUUCUUUUUUUUUUUUUUUUGCGCGCUGCCGCUUUUGCACGCGCUGCGCUAUGAAGAGCGUGAAGAGGAAACUCUGAUCAGAGCGCGAGGACCUAAAAGGGAACUGGGUUUUUUUUUUAAAGGUGUUUUUAGUUGGCUUGGUGAGCAUGGUGAGGCUGCAGGUGUGUGUGUUGGCUCUGUGCGCGGCGCUCUGCCUGUGCUCAGGAGGAAGAGGAGCUGAGCGCGUGGAGGAUGAGGAGGAUGGUGAUGAUGGAGUCUCGCGGAGCUGCAGGGAUGUCAAGCAGGCGCUCGUGCAGAGAGGAGUCACUACCGUCAGGAUAAACCAGCACCAGACCGCAGGUGAGCACCUGCGUGUGUGUUCUCAGGAGUACACAUGCUGUGGGGUGGAGAUGGAGGAGGCACUCACACAUCGCAGUAAAGCUGAUCUCGAACACCUGAUGGAGGAGAUCAGUGGGGCCCUCAGAAACAUCCUCACCACCAAACACAGGAAGUUUGACGAGUUCUUCCUGGAGUUGCUGGACAACUCAGAGAAGUCUCUGAACCAUAUGUUUGAACGGACCUAUGGCAACCUGUUCAUACAAAACUCGGAGAUCUUCGAGGACCUGUUCUCUGAGCUACGGCGCUACUACACAGGAGGGAACGUGAACCUGGAGGAGAUGCUGGGUGACUUCUGGGCCAGGCUUCUGGAGAAGAUGUUCCAGCUACUGAACUCUCAGUACUCCUUCACAGACGAGUAUUUAGAAUGUGUGAGCAAGUACACAGACCAGUUGAAGCCGUUCGGAGACACACCACGCAAACUCAAGGUCCAGAUCACGCGUGCCCUAGCUGCCGCACGCACCUUUGUCCAGGGACUCAUGGUGGGACGGGAGGUGGCCAAUCGCGUGGUCAAGGUGAACGUGUCCCCGGGCUGCAGUAAGGCUCUGACGCGGAUGCUGUAUUGUCCGUACUGUGGCGGGUUUAUGGACCUGAAGCCGUGCAGUAGUUACUGUCAGAACGUCAUGAAGGGCUGCCUCGCUAAUCAGGCUGACCUGGACCCAGAGUGGAACGUCUUCAUCGACUCUAUGCUCCUGGUAGCUGAGAGGUUGAAGGGGCCCUUUAGCAUCGAGGCCGUGAUGGAACCAAUUGACUUGAAGAUCUCUGAGGCCAUCAUGGCUAUGCAGGCAAACAGCAUACAAGUCUCUGCUAAGGUGUUUCAAGGUUGUGGUCAUCUCAAACCAGUUAGAUCCGGAUCAAGUCGCAGUGUCCGUGAGAUGUUUAAUGCCCGUUUCAAACCCUACAACCCUGAAGACAUGCCUCCAUCAGAGAGCAGCAGUCUCGAAAAACUGGUGAUUGACAUUAAGGACAAACUGAAGAAGGCGAAGAGGUUCUGGACAUCAUUGCCUGAUGUGAUCUGUUCUAAAGAGAAUGUGAUCGAAACAAACAGUGAGCAGUGCUGGAACAGUCACACUAAAGGAAGGUAUUUCCCAGAGGUUGUUAAAGAUGGUCUGACCAAUCAGCUGAGUAAUCCGGAGGUGGAGAUCGACAUCACCCGCCCAGACACCUUCAUCCGGCAGCAGAUCAUGGCUCUGAGAGUGAUGACCAACAAACUGCGCAGCGCCUACAGCGGCAACGACAUCUCCUUCCAGGACUCCAGUGACGAGGUCAGUGGUUCUGGCAGCGGAAGUGGCUACACCACUGAGUUUGAGUUUGCAGCCACAGAGGCGCCGGCAGUGGGGGUGGGACGUCAAGACCAAGCCACGCCCCUAAGACCUGCAUCUGAUAAGGCGACACCUCUAAGACCUCCUUCUGACAGAGCACCACCCCUUAUUGUCUCACCCAUCACUUUAAUGAUGCUCACGUUGCUGCAGUUCUGGUGGAGAUAAUGGAUGGAAGGGGAGUGGACACUUUAUGAUACAGCUUAGCUCCUCCCACACUGUUUGCCCCACCCCCAACUGGGCUUAAUGAUGGCAAGCAUAAGGACACGACGAGUGACACCUUAAAGACAGAGAUAGAGAGAGAGAAAGAGGCAAAAUUUCUGCAUCCUGCUUGUUUCCAAAGAGCAGCUUCAUCCUCAAGUGACACCUUUUUCUCUCGUUCCUUUAAAAAAAGAGACAAAACACAAGGAAUGCUGCAGCACGUUCCUCAGAUCCCUUUCAUUGAAGUACAGUACCAGGAUAAAAAAAGUAUAUAUAUAUAUAUAUAUAUAUAUAUAUAUAUAUAUAUAUAUAUAUAUACAUGUAUAAGAAAGAAUCUAUUUUUGUUUGUGUUUUUUAUAUCCACUGCACAAGAUGAGAACCUCAAAACAGAGAGAUAUCUAUAUAAGGUGCAGAGUCGUCUCUCCCAAACCAUCACAAAGGAACAGAGACAUGAGCAGGAGGAAGGAUAAAAAGAUAAAAAAAAAACAAGUAUAUCUCAUAUUUGCUUCUGUGUCACUGUGAAUGCAUGACAUCAUAUCUCAUAGCUGUCAUUAAUUUUUUUUUUUUAAUUUUGUUUUAAAAACACAGCAAAAAAAAAAAAUCAGCUUCUUUCAGUCCAUUAAUGUUUUGAAUAAGAUAUAGAUGAAAUUUUCAGCAUAUAGAUGGAAUUUUGUAUCACUUUACAUGAAGGACACUUCAUAACAAUAAGAAUGUUAUAACACUAAUUACAAAAGCAUUAAACUAAAUCUUUGCAGCUAAUGUCAGUAUUCGCAAACAUUAGUUUAUUUAUCAGACUCAGCAAAUAUGUGAACAAAGACUCACAAAAAGGCAGCAAGCAUUGGUAGAAAAAAAAAAUCCUUAACUACUGUUUAAAACAAAGUCCAAAAUACCUUGAUCCAAAACCUAAAAAAAUAAAAAAAUAUACCAAACUAGGUUAAUAGUGUAAACAUAAACAAACAUCCUACCAAUAAGUAAGAAUUGGACAAACGAUAUAUAUAUAUAAACACAUUUAUAAACUAGAAAAAAGGCAAAGUAAUGUUGAAAACAUUUGCCAAGCAACCAAAACUAAAAGUACUAUACCAGUGUUCAGAAAUUGACAAAAUCCAACAAACAAUAAAAAAAAAUCAUGAGUGAAAGUAAAACUAUAACACACUUUGUCAAACUAGAAAGUUGGACAAAAUGGACAAAAAAACUACUAAUAAACACAGUAACUGUUAAGCACUGAGAAUUUUGUUAUUAUUACAGAAGACACCUCACCUUUUGUCGUGGAUUCAGUCGAAAAAUUACUUUAGUCCAAUAAACCAUUUAAAAAAUGAACUGGACAUCACAGAGCUCAUAUUAAUGUAUGAGCUCUGUGGUGUCCAGGUCAUUUUUUAAAGGGUUUAUUGGACUAAAGUACAACUCCAAGCAUGUUCUUGAUGUGUGCAAAGGCCAGCUGCAUUUUGCUGAUAAUGGUGUCAUGGUUCUAGUUUUGGUUCUUGUUCCUCUUCUUGGCGCUGUUAUUCAUGAAGUUCUAGCAACUUUUACCUCAAAUAUUGAGAUGAAAUCCUCCUCCUUAAAGUCCAUUUGCAGCUCAUUGCUCAACGUCAAAGCCAUUGAAGUUGUGAACAAAUUGAAGCCACAGCACCUUCCAAACACUAUUCAUACACAAUUUUGGACUGUCAUUCCAUUCAGCAUGGCCUUGUAGAUGUCGUAUCCCUUCCAAAAGGCAUGGAGUGUAAAGGGAGAAGUGCUUGAAGAUGGCAGUGAUCCCUGGUUCAUAGGUUGCAGGAGAGAGGUGGUGUUGGGAGGGAGGAAAACUUUGGAGAUUUGUGUUGGCCAGAAGCAUUGUCAGAAAUACUACUGUUAUUAACUGGUUAACUACUAACUGGAUGCCAUUGUAUUUACAUCUCCACUGCUGAAAUGAAGAACCAAUCCUCAAAAAUUCUAACAGUCAUCCAAACCUUGGGAUUUGACAUCCAUAUACAUGGGAGAGAGUCCUUGGGGAUGUUCUUCAGUGCUCGAUGAUUCUGUGCACAACACACCAGAAUCUGGCGUUAACGUUGCUGCACAAAUUACCUUCCAGCAUAAGGGUCAAACGGUCCUGUGAAGCCUGGAAUAGACAUCUCCUCCUUUAUUAUGACAGAAUGAUUCUGGUGUGUUCUUCCAAUAAAGAUUGGUCUCAUUUACACGGAAGAAAUCUGUUUUCCUCAAUAAUUUUUGUCACAAGGAAUUUAAAUGUUGCCAAUUUGUCGGCUGACACACUUUUGCCUUGGAUCAUGACAUUGUGAAGAUCCUGAACUUUCCUUGAUUCUGUGUCCUUCUCAUCUAGAAAAAUUAUUGAGGUCUUAAAACAAGACAGCGCUUUCUCCUCAAUCAACCAUUGGCUUACGCAAAUACGCCGCAGAGUCUGCCGAUCAAUCCAAAGAGAACAAUGAUAUUCCAUUACUUCAUAGAUCUUGCUUCUUUUCUUGAUGAUCUUGUUUCUUUUCUUUAUUCCUGGAGCAUCAUCUUUGACGUGUGCUAAAAUCUGUGCCUUAUCAUGAACGAUUGUUGAUACCGUUGUCCGACUCAAGCCAGAAGCACGAGCUAUCGUGCCAAAGUUUUCACCAUUUUUGUAGCGUUAGACAUUUACAUUGCAUUUACAUUUACAGCAUUUGGCAGAUGCCCUUAUCCAGAGCUACGUACAGAAGUGCUUAAAUCUCUAUCAUUGGAUACAUUGAUGCUGGUUCACUAGGUUACAUACUUAAGAUACCAUUUAAAACAUUGUUCAAAGUUACAAUGAAAAAGUUUUUGUUUGUUUGUUUUUUAAAUGCAAAAAAUAGGGAAAGAAGUGCUAGUUGAAGUGUUUCCUGAAUAUGCAGGUCUUCAACCGUCGUUUGAAAAUAGCCAGUGACUCAGCCGUCCGGACCCCUAGGGGAAGUUCAUUCCACCACCUUGGUGCCAGAACAGAAAAGCGUCUUGUAGUAUACUUGCCUCUUAUUCUCGAUCCACGAUCCAAGAUCAUGGUUGCUGGUAGAUCGGAGGGUGCGGGGUGCAGUGCGAAGAGUGAUGAGGGCUUUGAGGUAAGAGGUAGCUGGUCCAUUUGUGGCUUUGUAGGUCAGCAUCAAUGUUUUGAAUCUGAUGCGUGCAGCUGCUGGAAGCCAGUGGAGGGAUCGCAGCAGCGGGGUGGUAUGCAAGAACUUAGGCAGGUUGAAAACAAGCCAUGCAGCUGCAUUUUAGAUCAUUUGCAGAGGAUGAAUUGCGUGUAUAGGUAGACCUGCCAGCAGUGCGUUGCAGUAAUCCAGUCUUGAAAUGACAAGCGACUGAACAAGUACCUGAGCAGCCUGUGUGGACAGAAAUGGCCGAAUCCUUCUAAUGUUGUAGAGCAGAAACCGACAUGAGCGAGUCACAUUAGCAACAUGAGAGGAAAAACACAGUUGAUUGUCCAUGGUUACUCCAAGGUUGCGAGCUGUGGCUGAAGGGGAGAUCAGAUCGUUGUUCAGGGAUAUAGCAAGAUCAUGACAUGGGGAUGAAUCACCUGGGAUGAACAGCAGUUCAGUUUUGCUAGGAUUGAGCUUUAACUGUUGAGCAGUCAUCCAUGAUGAAAUUUCUGCCAGACAUGCUGAGAUCCGUUCAGAAGCUGUGGUAUCUGAGGGUGGGAAAGAGAAGAUAAGUUGUGUAUCAUCAGCAUAGCAGUGGUAAGAGAACCCAUGUGAGCAAAUAACUUCACCAAGAGAGUGAGUAUACAGGGAGAAAAGAAGAGGACCAAGUACUGAGCCCUGUGGGACAACAGUGGAGAGUCUGCAUGGAGCAGAUGUCAUUCCCCUCCAUGUUACCUAAUAUGAGCAUCCUUCCAGGUAGGAAGCGAACCAUUCCCAAGCUGAUCCGCAAAUCCCAAGACUCCUGAGGGUGGACAAGAGAGUCUUGUGGUUGACCGUAUCAAACGCUGCUGAAAGGUCAAGGAGGAUAAGGACGGAUGACAGUUUGGCUGAUCUAGCAGCAUGUAGUUUCUCAGAGACAUCCAAAAGGGCUGUCUCUGUGGAAUGAGCUGCUUUAAAGCCAGACUGGUUGGGAUCUUGGAGGUUGUUCUGUGAGAGAUAGACAGACAGUUGAUUAUAGACAAUGCAUUCAAGAAUUUUUGAAAGAAACAAAAGAAGUGAUACCGGUUUGUAGUUACUGAAGUCUGAUGGAUCCAGAGCAGGUUUCUUUAUGAUGGGAAUAACCCUUGCUCUCUUGAAAGUAGUUGGCACCUGACCAGAUGCUAUGGAUAUAUUGACGAUAGUGGAAAUGAAGGGCAGAAGGUCUUGCGAGAUGGUCUGGAGCAUAGUGGAAGGGAGUGGAUCCAAUGGGCAGGUGGUAGGAUUGCAAGACUGGAUGAGCUGUAAAAUCUCUUCUACUGCUAUACUAAAUGCGACAAAGAAGGAGUGGGGGACUCCAGACUGUGAGAUGUAAGUGCAGUCCGGGCAGAAGUGAAGGUCCUGCAGAUUUCCUCAAUCUUCUCAUAAUAGAAAGAAGCAAAGUCUUCUGCAGUCUGGGAGUAUGAAGAAGGUGGACCCGGGGGGUUGAGUAGAGAAGAGAUGAUGAUGUGGAGCUUCUGAGGGUUUUGUGACACCUUAUCACUUAAAUUUAAGAUAUGGAAUGACGCUUAGUAACACAGCAGACUAGCAGUAGGAACUUUCACUGUAGCUACGGGGUCAAAAAUUAGUCACAAAUUCACAAAACUAGAGAUUGCGACUUAUACCUAUGCAAACAUGUAAAGUUUGAAAAAACUAAAGUGAAAAAAAUUUAAUUUCCGCAACACUGUUUAUAACUCUUAUAUUUAAUAAAAGGCCAAUUUACUUUUUUUUCAGUUUAGUAGUUUCUUUUGUCCUGCACCUGCCAGAAGGUGGGAUGUGCACACAAUUACUUGCUUAACAAAGUUUGAAUAAACUGCCAUGAAAGGCGGAACGCUGGAAUUGUAGAUUACUGAACGUCUCGUAAAUAACACAUUUUAACUUUUUGAAACUUUUAAAUGAUGUUAUACAUUGCAUUAUUUGAUAUAAUUAUUUAUGUGAUUUUCUUUUUUUUUUUAGUUUAAUAUAUUUAUCUGCCUGACAGAGUUACAUAAACUGACAUUAGUCAAAUUAAAUUUUUCCCUAUUGUUAUUGACAAAAACUGCAGUUGAGUUGGAAAUGACGGAGGUCGAAAUGACGUAAGUGGAGGUGUAUCUGAAUAAACAACAAAACAGUAACACAGACACAAAAACCCAGGCAAGCUAUCAAUGAGAAACAAACAUAAAGUCACUACCAGACAGGCUUCAAUAGCAAACAACUCACUGGCAAAAUAACUAAUAAACAAAAUACACCCAGAUCUGCAAAAUACUACAAAACAAGCACAUCAGUAACUAAUAUAAAACAGGCCUACCACUCUCAAAAAUGUCCAUUUAAAAAUACCUAACAAAUAGCAAAGGUGCCAUAAAAAAACACAGCAUGAAAGAUCCGGAAACUACCUGUUAUAUAGAACUGUAGUAAAUGGACAAACUACUAGAAGACACUACCACAUCUCCGUUUGCGAGUACUGACACGAGCCAGUUUAUAUACAUGUUAUACAGUAUAUCUCAUAUAGCCCAGAUUUGAGAGAAAUAUGCCUUUUAAAACCAAUUUUUCUUUUUGCAUCAAUGCCACCUGAUUUACUUUCAUUUAAAAUUUUCUUUUUGAAAUAAAUGAAAUGUCACUAUGAGAAAGUCAAGGAGAAAGUCAAUCACACAAUUUAUUAGGUCACCUCAUUUUAGACUGGGUGUGCAUGUGUGUGAGUGUGUGUCUGUUCCCUUGUGUGCAUGUGGCCUUCUGGCACUUUUCAUUCGGGACCCAGAUCACUACUGGUCAGUGUGUGUGUGGGUGUGUGUAUGUGUGUCUGAGUGAGUGUUCUCAGCACUUUUCCUACGUUGAGUCCGCAAAAAAGAAAAGUUUGUGUUUGCACAAAAUUUGACCUUACAGCAAAAAUACUACACACAUGCACACACACACACACACACACACACACACACACCUCCACAACAGCAACUUAAUCAGAUUCUGAAAAAUAAGAGAGAGAGCGUGAGUGAGCGAGAGAGAGAGAGAGAGAGAGAGAGAGAGAGAGAGAAACUGAAGUAAAUGUAAUACCUGUGCUGCAGGUUUAUGCAGAUAUGCAGAAUAUUAUACUGAGAAUAUUGUGAAUUUCAUCAAAACCUUUACAUUUAUCCUCAUUUUCAGCAUCAGCACUUGGUGAUUGUUCUGAAAGCGCUUUUACAUCCUGCAAUUGUUAAGAUUGUUAAGUGCACUUCUAGAGCUCUUCAUAUGAUUCUAGCUCUUCAUAUGAUUCUAGAAUCCUCAUUGUGGUUCCGGAUCAACCAUGAAUUCCACUCAUUUGCAAUCUUUCCUGAAGUUCUACAAUCGUCUGGAAUUUGGUCCUCAUGAGUGGGUUCUUUUGUGUGAUUCUAGAAUCAUCAGUGCACUUUGAUCAUUAUGAGGAGUUUCAUUUCCUUUCAAGUAGGUUCUAGAAUGCUCACUUUAGGUUUGUGUGUCUUUGAUUGUUGUGAAUUUCUUCUUGUGGAUCUAGGAUCCUCAUGAUCCUGUAGUAGCAGAUUGUUGGAAUAACCUUGACUCUGCUUAUUGUCGGUACAGCUCUCGAGGCCUCUGUUUCGGGUCUAGAAUCCUCUGUGCUGUUCCACAAUCAUGACAAUCGUUUCCUGGUCACGGCUUAUGGCUGUGUCCCAAAUCACUAAGCUACAAACAUAACCGUUCGGCUGCAGUGAAGUGUAGUACAGCAGUAUGUAGUUUGAGACACAGACUAUGGCUAUAUGUGUGUUCCAGCUUCUCCAUGUCCCAAAUAACUGUGCUAAAUAAGAUCAAUGUUUAUAAAGCACAUCAGUGUUCAGCUAGUUAAAGCUUUUAGCAAGCAUCACAAACCUUCUUUUUUCAGGGCUUUUGGCUGUCAAAUGCAAACCACCCUGUUAUUAUAAGACAUGUGAAGCCACGUUUACUACACUCACUCAUUUCCCCUUUAUUCUCUCUCUCUCUCUCUCUCUCUCUCUCUCUCUCUCUCUCUCUCUAUCUAUCUAUCUAUCUACAGGUAUCUAUCUAUCUAUCUAUCUAUCUAUCUAUCUAUCUAUCUAUCUCUCUCUCUCUCACACUCACACAUUCGCUCACACACACACUUCUAUGUUGGAGCACUUUCGCAGCUUUAUUUCAUUUUUGCUGAUGCAGAGAGGAAAAAAAGCCUAAUUAUUAUAUGAAUUAUUCAUUGCUUGUAUUUUUUGACAUCCAUGUUUUAACAUAGCCAGUGAUAUUGGUUAUGGCUGUAUAUGACUUGCGUUUACAUCACAGUUAAAGUGUAUUACGAAGGAAUUUGGAAGAUUUUAGUCGACGUGACGAGCAGACAUGCCUUACAAAGUUUCUUUUUUUAAUGAAAAGAAAAAAAACUAUCAAAAAACAACACAAAAAAGGAUUGCAUAUCUGGGUUUUGUUACACUCUCUUGUAUACAGAUAAGUAAUAAAAAGAUGAGUAAAAAAUAAAUAAAUAAAA